AUGGGUGUAAAUAUUUAUAGAGUAUUUGUGUUGUUAAACUUUCUAUAUUUUGUUUUGAGUGACCUAGAUCUUAAAGAAGAUGAGCCUUGUGUAACUGAUGGACUCAACGGCACGUGCGUUGGAGUAUUCCGGUGCCCCUCCGCAUCCUUGACAUACCUUUAUGCUAAUGCGGGGUACAUCAAGUCACCCGAUGAAAUAUUUGACUACCCGGACCUGCCAGAUAUAUGUUCAUAUAAGAACAAUGAACCGGUUGUCUGCUGCACUGAUUGUGGUAUUUCUAAAGAAGAACCGUUCCGACAUACUUCCAUAGGACCUCUAGGGGUUCCUAAAGAUAAUAAAGGCCCCAUUUCAUGGUCCAAAUGUCUAGAUUAUUUAAAGAUUCUGCCUUACCCGUGUCGGGGUAUAGGAAAUUUCAAAGUGCGAAAAUUGUGGAAAGAAGAGAAAAGAUGUCAUGAGAUCGCGUUAGAUGUAGCACUAGCUGUUGGAGGCAGAGAUGCACAAAGAUGGGAAUUUCCUCAUAUGGCUUUACUUGGAUAUGGAGAUGACGAGAAUUCCGCACAAUGGCUCUGUGGAGGAACUGUGAUCAGCGAGAGAUUUAUACUCACUGCCGCACACUGUAUAUCGACCAGAGUUUUGGGCAACGUCUCAUAUGCUGCACUGGGCAUGCUAAAACGUACUGAUCCACAGGACUUAUGGCGCAUACAUAAAAUCAAGAGAAUCAUUCGCCAUCCUGAAUACAAACCUCCUUCCAAAUACCAUGAUAUUGCACUGUUGGAGACAGAAACUGAAAUAAAUUUUGGUAGAAAUCUUCUGCCAGCAUGUCUGGAUACAGGAAUGAAUACAGAAUCCACGGCUGAGGCAUCCGGUUGGGGCCGUUUGGGCAGUAUGAACGGUUUAGCUGAUACAUUGCAAGUAGUGACUCUACAGGAGUUUGAAAAUUCUGAAUGUGCGACACUCUUCCCACCACACAGACUUCUGAAACAUGGAUACGAUAAUAAAACACAAUCGUGUUACGGCAAUCAUCAAGAGAUAAUCGAUACUUGUGAGGGUGACAGCGGCGGUCCCCUCCAGACGAACCAGUUCAAAUGUCAGUACACAGUGGUCGGCGUGACGUCAUUCGGCAAGGAAUGCGGCAUCCUCGGCUCACCUGGCAUGUACACCAGGGUCUCUUACUACGUACCCUGGAUCGAGAGCAUCGUCUGGCCUGAGGAGACAGAAGAACGCAUGAAAAAAGACAAUAUUUGGCUUGACAAGUGGCUAAAUGAUAAACCUCAAUAA